UCUUAGAGGCUGAAAACGAGGCCAUUUGAGCCUGCAUUUGACUAGCCUACAAUAUGAAAUGUUGUUUCGGUUGCGUUUACCUAAAUUACACCAAAAAGCAUGUUAUUCCAAGUGGUUAAAAUAAAUGAAUAAUUUGGAUAUCAAGUUAAUAUAUAGUACUAUCCAUAUUUACAAAAAAAUGUAAAUGGAGUAAAGAUCUAGAUUGCGUUUAGAAAUAAUGGAUCGCUGCGUCAAUCAUUCAGUUCAUGGGCAAAAAGAGGAGCAGCGUGAGUUAUGAAGAUGACGCUCUUUAAAAGACGGCACAAUGAGACCCCUUUUUAAAGGAAAGGGAAAAUUAAAGUCUGAGGCUAAUUUUACCUGUGAAAAGUACAAGGAAAAUAGCCGGGCCCCGCAGGGGGAGUUGCUGGAAACAGCUGGUUUGUUUUACAGCCUCCUGCUCCUGACGUCCACAGGGGGAGACGCACGAGUCUGCACAGCGCCCCAAAACACGCUUUUUCAUUUUUCACGGAGCAUGAGAGAUGGGGGUGCGAAACGGCCACGCAUCGGAUCUUGGCUUGGACGGAGUUUGUAGUGGAAGUCUUUGCCGUAGCUGUUAUAUUUUUGGGACAACACGGACCGGAUUGCGCCGGAGAAUUGUAACAAGAGAAAAUAUUCGUUUGACAGAAGUACAUUCUUCAUGCUCUACAAAACUGUGAAUUAGCUCAAUUAGAAAAAGAAUCUAACCGUGUCCGAAAAAGAUCUCCGUAUGUUGGCUGCAGUCGAGAAAAGAGAGAAGAUACUUUCUUGCUAUCAGCAGCCUGCUACAGGUUAGUCCUUCAAAAGUUGUGUAUCCGUGGGAGUAAAUACAAAGUGGCGGAUUUCCCUGGCUUCAGAGGUAAAUGCUUAUCGAGGAGAAGCUGGUGAGGGAGGCGAGGGCGGAAGAAAGGCGACUUGUUUUUGGAAUCACACUUUCGCUUGUGAACCAGGGUCGGAGAUGUCCAUUUGGAUGAUUUUACCUGUGAGCCUCCCUGCUUUCACCAUCACCGGAAUAUGGAUCGUGUACGCCAUGGCUCUGCACAAUCAGCAUGUCUGCCCAGUGGAUAACUGGUUGUAUAACCAGUCCUGUGAGAUGGAGCUGCCAUUGCAGAGAGGACCUGUGCUAUGCUGUACCCUGGACAAUGUGCCUCUCAUCAGUAAAUGUGGCACCCUCCCACCAGAGAGCUGCUUCUUCAGCCUGAUCUGCAGCACCGGCUCCUUCAUGGUAAUGGUAAUUGUUCUUUUACGAUACGCCCAUGUGAUUGAGAAGCAGCAGCACUGUAUGUUGAACACAGCAGGCCUCUCUACCGGCUGGAUUUGUGCUGCCGGCCUCAUCAUGGUGGGAAACUUUCAGGUGGAUCACGCUAAGGUGCUGCACUACGUAGGGGCCGGCGUGGCCUUCCCCACCAGCAUGCUGUUCCUGUGCCUUCAGUGCGCGCUCUCCUACCGGCUGGCCAAGACGCAGAGCGACUACAACAUGGCCUACCUGCGCUGCACCAUGAGCCUGCUGGCGUUCAUCUCCCUGGUGCUCAGUGGUGUGUUUUUCAUCCAGGAGAGCUUUGUGCUACAGCACGCCUCGGCGGUCUUCGAGUGGGUCUUCUGCCUCAUCAUCAUGCUCUUCUACGGGACGUUUGCGUUUGAGUUUGGGGGCGUGUCUGGGGACACUCUGAUGGUUUUGGCCAAGGGUGGGGCCCAGGGCAAGAUGGAGUCUGUGGGAGGGGCGAGCCAGCACCAGGUGGAGAACCUCCGGGCUGUAGGAAGGACCCAAGACCUCCUGUGAUGACCUCAUCAAUCAACAUGCAGACUUUGGAGGCAAGUGGGUGGAGCUAACGGCCCCACCCCCAGUUUCCAAGAUGCCAAAGCUUCUGUACAUUUCCACUGCUUCCUCUCCAUGCCUGGAGGAGGAGCCAGGGCACGGUGGAAUGUUUCACUCUGGAUGCGGAAUUAAAGGAAUAAAGAACACUGCAGUGCCUCUGUUCUACCUACUGCUGUGAUGUCAUCCGACGGACAGCCAGAACAAGAAGAGGGCCUUCAGGUGCCGCGCUCAGAGGGGGAUGCUGGGGAUUUCUGCUGCUGGGUGCCUUGGGGGAGCAGGCCCAGGGAUGAUCUUAUGUGAGCGAAAGGAGGAAAACCAAAGUCUUCAUAAAUCGCCGAUCCCUGCACAGGGCCCCUAAAUGCCACCCGUCUGCAGCCACUUCACUCCAGAGUGGAUCGCACAUAAAGUGCGGGAUUCACUGCAGUUCCCAACCUAAACCACACUGCCACCGUCCUGUUCAACAUGCUGAAAGAAGUACUCAAGGUCCAAUCGCAUGCCACCAGGGCAGACCUUACGAAGACCAAUAUUCUAAAUGUGGUCCAUUAAAUUAUGUUACAGUCGCUGAAAAAAUUAUGCAUAAUUGUAUUACUUUUUUUGGGGGGAGAUCAUUCAAAACCUUAUGUUUGAACCAUGGAUAUUUAGCCAGGCUACCACAUAUGUCAGGGUGAUACACUUACAUUUUUUUCCAAGGAGCACAUGUGCUCCUAAGUUGAAAAUUUUAGGAGCACACUAAUGCAUCCCAGUUCGUAGAUGUGCUCCUAAAUGAUUUUUUCCAGGUGGCACACGUCAAUUUUCAGGAGCCUCUGCUUCUAAAAUGGGAGCGCCGUAGAGCUCUGCCUGACUGUGCGUAAAAGUAAACCGAUUAUUUGAUGAAGUCCUUGUGCUCCACUUUGUCCACACGUGGGUUACGCUGCCUUUUUGGUAGAGCUGAACCACUGUGUCUGUGGGACCGCUAACGGAAGACUACGAUGGGUUAAACGAAUGCGCUGUCACAGUAAAGGAUUUACUGCGGUACAUAAUUAAUACUGCACUCACCCUCCUUUUCCUUGGAUUCUCCUAUUGUCCUGGAAUAAGAUAUCAGCCUUUCUAGUCGCCAACCGAAAGGACCAGACUGAACUGAAAAUUUGGCUGUUGCAGUGACUGACCAAAGCGCCCUACGUGUUGAACUGCUGCAUUGCGAGCUGGGCCUAGCCAGUAGGCCACGUUUGUUAUCGUUUAUUAUUUACUCGAUACAUGAGACAAAUCAGUAACAGUGUACAUUCUCUGCUUUCAAUGUCAAAUCUAUUUUUAUAAGGAGCGAUAAGACAUUCCCAAAGUAACAUAAGGCCUAUCGACCUUGGAAAUGGACAUAUAAAGACCUCUCACUAUUUAAAAAAAAAAACAUCUGAACGGGUAUUUGUGUAUCGAUGGACGCUUACGACUAUACCUGCUGUGUAACUGAGUAAUUUGCCAAGUUCAGAGUGCUUUACUGGGAUGCAUACUUAAGGAACCAAAGCGAAUCUGAUAUCAGUAAAUGCUGUUCCUUGACAAGCUGAUUUGUAAUUAUUUUAACUGUUUUAUAUUUCUUUUUUAAACCUAGAAACCCUGGAUACCCUAAACCUGUCAUUGUAAAGUCGGCAAGUUGUCAGAAACGUCUGGAAAUAUCUAAAAUAUCAUUCAUCGCACACAAAACGGUCUGAGCCAAUCGCAAAUAUACAUUCAUCUGAAAUUGUAUUUUAAUAAGUGAACUAUCCUUUUUGGUGAAACAUAAUCCUUUAUCACCCCCUUGUGUCACUAUUGGGAAUUGCAGUGUUUGACUCAUACGUGUUAUAAUUUUCCAGAUGGCCAAGCCCAAGCAUCUUCCACAGUGUUGCAUUAAAGUGCCUGGGCCCUUCACAUUCCAAAUAGAUUAAAUCAGGAUUGCAUCUGUUUUUAUAAACAUCAGAAACUGGGAUGUGUGAAGAAAAGAAGAAUAUGUGUCUUCGUGUUGUAGAUUUGAAUGACUAAUAUGUUCAUAGAAGUGGCCUUAAGAAUAUAAUCGCAAGGUGUGAACAUUUUAUUUUUGCUGAAUAUUGUGUUACUAUAUGUACUAGUGCAAUAGCCCUGUCAAGCCUGGACACCUGGUUUUAGUGCCAUAGCCUUGUCAUGCUCAGUGUCCAUGCGUUGUUUUAUUCUCAGGAGCAGUGGUUACAUCACCAAUGUGCUAUAUGUGUAUAUAAAAUAUAAAAAAAAUACAUUUUGGAAGUUAAGAGCUGUUAUUUUUAUAUGCACAGUGUUACUUGUACAUUAAUUUCUGUAGCUGUGUGAGUUCUGUAUGCCGGGUCUUAUCAUACCUUAAAUAAUCACUUAAGGUAUUCUUAGUUUGAGUACAUGUACUAUGUUUUAGUGUCGGAGGGUGGGGUGGGGUUGGGGGGGGGGGAUUGUUCCCUAUUGAUGGGGACGUGAUCUGACAGCUGCGCCAAAGGAUUACAGCCAUUUCACUGACACUUUCUGUUAACUGGUGAUCACAGCGAUCGUGGACAUUGCGUUUUGGUGGGAGGUGCACGUUGGACAGCUCAUCAGCUAGCGGAGAAAAGAAGUGCCUUUAAUCAAACCAAAGCCUUUUGCGAGCUUUGUGUGGGGUCCAAUCCCACUCUGCUGUGUGUGGGGUCCAAUCCCACUCUGCUGUGUGUGGGGUCUAGUCCCACUCUGCUGUGUGUGGGGUUUAAUCUCACUCUGCUGUGUAUGGGAUCCAAUCCCACUCUGCUGUGUGUGGGGUCCAAUCCCACUCUGCUGUGUGUGGGGUCCAAUCCCACUCUGCUGUGUGGGAUCCAAUCCCACUCUGCUGUGUGUGGGGUUUAAUCUCACUCUGCUGUGUGUGGGGUUUAAUCUCACUCUGCUGUGUAUGGGGUCUAAUCCCACUCUGCUGUGUGUAAGGACUCAUCACCCAAUUUUCUGUUUUCUUUUUUGUGGAGGGAGAGAGGAGAAGUUCCUUUGAGUUCAAAGUUUGUUGAUACAUUUGUCUUUGGAUCAUUUAGGUCAUUAAACGGACAUCAAGAGAU